UCCAAUUCCCAGACGACACGAAGAUUCUGGCUUUAAUGACAGGGCUUGUUUUGUUAGUUAUCUUGGUGCUGCAUGCCUGCAGUGAAGUAGAUGCCAAGUCCAAAUUUGUCUCUGUGUCACUAGAUGCCAAAUGGGAGUCGACACCACUGAUGCUAGAAACUAGCGUGUUUCUGGCCAAGGAGAGUAAUGCCAUGUUCUGGGCUUUUGUGGAUACUGUGGCAGAGGCCAACACUGCUGACAGGCAAGAUAAAGAACCUAAGGAAGUGUAUGAGAUGAUUCUGUCCAUAGCAGAAAAACUUAUUCCUUCCAAAUUACAACUGGGCCUUCUCAAGUUUUCAUUAUCAUUAAGAUCUUAUUCACAAGCUGCAGAAAUGCAUAAUCAG